AUGCUCAGAGAAGUAAAACCCAAGAAUCCGCGCACAGCGCGCAUUCUCAAGGCCCGUGAGCCUCAACUCGUCGAACCCCCCAAGAAAACACUUUUCAUGCACGGCUCGAAAUGCCCAACCGCCCUUAACACAGUGCUCAAGACUUUCCACUCAUUGACGGUCCCCAACUCGGUGCUGUUCCACAAGAAGAAUGAGAACAUCCGCCCGUUCGAGAGCACCGAGAGCAUCGAGUUCCUGGGCAACAAGAACGAGUGCGGCAUCGUCGUCUUUGGAAGCAGCAGCAAGAAGAGACCCAACUGUCUGACUGUGGCGCGGAUAUUCAACACCAAGGUUCUGGAUAUGUGCGAGUUGAUGCUUCUCCCCAGCCCAGACGGCGACUCAAUUCCCGCCAUGAACAACCUGAAGAUGCAGAUUGGGAUCGGACUGCGGCCCAUGCUGCUUUUCACCGGCAGUGCGUGGGAGGAUUCCACCUCGACGGCACAUGUCAUGCUGAAGAGCAUGUUUACGGAUAUGUUCAAGGGCGAGGAGUCGGAUAAGAUUGAUGUCGAGGGUCUGCAGUACGUGUUGAUGAUCGCCGCCGAGGAACCUACCGACGGCCUGUCCCCUGUCGUUCACCUGCGGUGGUACAAACUCCGGACAAAGCGCAGUGGCCACAAGCUCCCCCGUGUCGAGCUGGACGAGAUCGGCCCCAAGUUCGACUUUAAGGUCGGUCGUCUGCAGGAGGCUCCCGCGGAUGCCCUGAAGGAGGCCAUGAAGCAGGGCAAGAGGCCCAAUGAGAAUAUGAAGACGAAGAAGAACAUCACCAUGGACACGAUGGGUGAUAAGAUGGGUCGUGUGCACUUGGGCAAGCAGGAUCUUUCUGGGCUGCAGACGAGGAAGAUGAAGGGUUUGAAGCGUCGUGCUGGUGUCGAGUCUGACGAGGAGGAUGCCGACAUGAUGGAGGUGGACGAGGUUUCAGAGGAUGAGGGCCGCAAGAAGGCACGGACGGCAUAG